AAUACCGGUGAUGGUACUUGCCGUUACAGACCCAGUAUAGAUUUGAACUUUAUUUUGGUACCUUCUAUUUUUUUUUUCUUAAGUAAUUAGGAACUUUACACGGUUCUACUUGUUUUUAUUUAUAUGUGUUUGACGUCAUCGACGUUGUUAACAUAUUAAUGAUUUUGUUGUUCGUUCGUGGCGCAUUGUAUUGUAAGGAGUCUCGAAGUGACAACCUACGGGUCUCGUGAGUGACUUGUGCUGAAUUAAUUACCAUUAUUGAUUAUUGAUAUUAAUUUAUUUAUUAAAAUGGCUUUAUUACUUUCCUCAUGGAUUAGCGGGGCUAUAAUGGGUUCAAUCAUGGAUGAGGUCAAAGCAGACGUUGAAGCCCAACAAAUGCGGGGUGCCUCAGACUCGCUCUUCAGCACAAUUGACAUGAUCCUGCUGGCAUUGAUCAUAGGAGGGGUGACUUGGUGGCUUCUAAAAAGAAAUAGCAAAAAAGAUAACAGUUUCAGCAAUGGCAAGUCAUAUACAAUUCAACCCACGUCACUCACGAUGCAAAAUAGCACCGAUAACUCUUUCGUGAAGAAGUUACAGUCCUCGGGUAGGAGUUUGGUGGUAUUUUACGGCAGUCAGACCGGCACUGGCGAAGAAUUCGCGGGCCGUCUUGCAAAGGAAGGAGUUAGAUAUAGGAUGAAGGGAAUGGUGGCUGACCCCGAAGAAUGUGAUAUGGAAGAUUUGGUUAAUCUUAAGAAUAUUCCCAAUUCUUUGGCUGUUUUCUGUAUGGCCACUUACGGUGAAGGCGAUCCAACCGAUAAUGCAAUGGAAUUUUAUGAAUGGUUACAAAAUGGAGAUGCAGACUUAACUGGCUUAAAUUAUGCGGUCUUUGGUUUAGGAAAUAAAACGUAUGAACAUUACAACGAAGUUGCCAUUUAUAUAGAUAAAAGAUUGGAAGAAUUAGGAGCUACAAGAGUGUAUGAAUUAGGAUUAGGAGACGAUGAUGCGAAUAUUGAAGAUGACUUCAUUACGUGGAAAGACAAAUUUUGGCCGGCUGUUUGUGAAUACUUCGGAAUCGAAUCUACAGGCGAGGAUAUCAGUAUCCGUCAAUACAGACUUGAGGAAUAUGAGGACGCACCAGACAGAGUCUACACUGGUGAAAUGGCUAGAUUACAUUCCUUGAAAAAUCAGAGACCACCUUAUGACGCCAAGAAUCCCUAUUUAGCAAAGAUCACUGUCAACAGAGAACUAUUUACGAGCGGAGAUAGGCAUUGUAUGCAUAUCGAAUUCGAUAUUGAAGACUCCAAAAUGCGAUAUGACUCGGGAGAUCAUUUGGCUGUGUAUCCAGUAAAUAACUCAGAACUCGUUGAAAAAAUUGGAAAACUUUGCGAAAAGAAUCUGGAUACGAUUUUCUCUCUUAUUAACACGGAUGAAGAAUCAAGCAAAAAACACCCGUUCCCUUGUCCUUGCAGUUACCGAACUGCCUUAACCCAUUAUCUUGAUAUUACGCAGAAUCCUAGGACACACGUUUUAAAGGAAUUGGCCGAAUAUUGUUCAGAUCCUGCCGAAAAAGAAAAAUUGAAAUUGAUGGCCAGCACUAGUCCUGAAGGGAAGGCACUGUAUCAGAAAUGGAUUAUCGAAGACAAUAGAAAUAUUGUUCAUAUUCUUGAGGAUACGCCUUCUUGUAAACCUGCUCUUGAUCAUCUGUGUGAGUUAUUACCACGUUUACAACCACGGUACUAUUCUAUAUCAUCCUCGCCACGUUUGCACCCAUCUACCGUGCAUGCCACAGCAGUCGUCGUAGAGUAUAAAACUCCUACUGGGCGUAUCAAUAAAGGUGUUGCAACUACAUGGCUCAGAGAAAAGAUACCCAAAGAAGAUCAAGCAGCGUUAACCGUGCCUAUUUUCAUUCGUAAAUCUCAAUUUCGUCUUCCAACUAAACCACAAACUCCUAUUAUUAUGAUUGGUCCUGGAACCGGAGUUGCGCCAUUCAGAGGAUUUAUUCAGGAACGGUUUUCUUCUAAAGAGGACGGUAAACAAGUUGGACAAACUGUUCUGUAUUUCGGUUGUAGAAAGAAGACCGAAGAUUACAUUUAUCAAGCGGAAUUUGAAAAAUACGAGAAUAACGGUUUACUGACAUUGAAAUUGGCAUUUUCGAGGGACCAACCACAAAAAGUAUAUGUGACGCAUUUAUUGGAAAAGGAUGCCGAUUUAAUAUGGAAUAUUUUUGAAAAUAAUGGCCAUUUAUAUAUAUGCGGCGAUGCCAAGUCUAUGGCGGUUGACGUGCGCAACGUGAUUUUAAGAAUUAUUCAAGAAAAAGGAAACAUGACUGAAGAACAAGCACAAGCAUAUUACAAAAAAAUGGAAACGCAAAAACGCAUCUCUAUGGAUGUAUGGAGUUAAUACUGAAGAAACAUAGGACAAAUACUGGCAUUUUCUCAGUGACCCAGUCAAUUGAUUUUGUUUGAAUCAACUUUAUAGUGAAAAAACUAAGUUGGCCUGUUAUAUUAAUUUUAUAUUUUAUAGUGAUCCAAAAUUGAAAAUUCAGCCUUUGUAAAACUAUUUAUUUUUAUAAGAAAUAGUCCUUUUUGUAUAUAUUUUUUCUCUAUUAUAUAGACACACGGUGCCUAAAAGUUUAAGCUUAAAAUUGAUCCUAAUGCUUUAGGAACGCAUGGUGCAAUUGAUGUUUUGUAUUCUCUUUUUAUUGACCUGUAAGGUAACUCAAUAUAUUUUAUUAAAUUAUGUAACAAAUAUAUCUUUACAUAUAUAAAAAUA